AUGACGAAGAAGUGGCUGCCGCUUGAAUCGAACCCGGAGGUCAUGUCUGAGUUUGCCCAGCAGCUUGGGCUGGACACCUCGCAGUGGCGAUUUCACGAUGUAUACGGCCUUGAUCCUGAGCUCCUCGCGAUGGUUCCCCAGCCUGUGGCAGCAGUUCUGAUGCUCUUUCCUCUGACCGAGGAGUCCGAGAAGGCGCAGAAGCUGCAAGAGGAGGAGAUGAAAGGGCAGGCGCAAGCCAUCGACGAGAAAGUUUGGUUCACGAAGCAAACCAUCUCUAACGCUUGCGGGACGGUUGGCGUCUUGCAUGCGAUUGGAAACAAUCUCGAACGCCUUCCUAUCCAAGAGGGAUCGUUCUUCGCGCGAUUCUUCGCCAGUGUGGCGCACAUGGACCCAAAGGAGCGCGCGCGUUUCCUCGAGGACCCUCCUCAGGGAGCACCGGACAUCGAGGACGCACAUGCUGCAGCUGCAUCUUCCGGACAGACUCGCCCGCCGGCGGAGGGCGAAGAAGUGCUCCUUCACUUCGUUGCCUUCGUCCAGGUGAACGACAGACUGUACGAAUUGGACGGCAGGAAGAUCGCCCCCGUCGACCAUGGGCCGACUUCGGCAAGUACGCUGCUCCAAGAUUCCGCCCGCGUCGUUCGCACGUUCAUGGAGCGGGCGAACUCCAUCAACUUCAACCUCAUUGCACUUGCGACGUCAGGGUAG